AUGAAAAUGUUGGAUGAUGAAGAUGACCAAAGCUUUCAUGCUACGCGUGACAGCUGCUCCCAUUUGAGCGAUGUCGAAUGGGAUGCGGUUGAACGAAUGGGUUCAACCAUGGGCAUCCAUGCUGUUAGCGUCAUGCUAGAGGCUCUCAAUAGAGAUGCCCAACAUGCUACUAUCGCCAAGUCCAUUCAAAAUGAACUUGACGCUGAACGCGAGAAAGUAGCCUUGCUUCACCAACAAGGUUCUCAACAAGCAGAGUUCUUGAGAGAACAGGGUGCUCAACAGUUUGAACUGUUGAGACAGCAGCAGCAGGCUGCUGCUGGUGGGUCGAUGCACUCGCGUCGACCCGAAACCUUGAAGAUUGACAUCUUCAAGUAUAGGGGAGUCGAAGAGGACUCCCUCUUGAGAUAG